AUGGUUCUCAUCAAAGCAGUGGCCCUUUUCGCUGUCGCAAUCUCAUUUGCCUCUGGGCAUGGAGCACUGCGAGCGGAAACGAACAAGGACAAAGCUGAUAAUCGUGGUAACCCGCUCACCGACGAAUUUGGGCGCUAUGUGAAGAACCUCAUGGAUGAGUGGAAGGUGCUAGGACUGUCUGUGGCUGUCAUUGACGACGACCAGGUGUACACACAGGGUUACGGACUCGCCAUUCUUCCGGACACACCCGUCAAACCUGAUACACUCUUCCUCGGAGGGUCAACCACCAAAGCACACGUGGGUGCUGCUCUCGCCCACCUGAUAUCUACCGGAGAGGCCAAAGCUGCUUUUCCUCAAGGCUGGUUGACGCCCAUGUCCUUCAUCAUCAGAGACGACUUUGCUCUUCAGGAUGAGUGGGCGACGGCGCACAUUACGCUGGACGAUGCUGCCAGUCAUCGAACCGGGCUACCACGACAUGAUGGUGCCUUGAUUGGCGCGGCCGAACCCAACGAUACUACCAGCACACACCAGACAAACAAGGCGACGGUUAGGAACUUGCGUAAUCUGCCGCCCACGGCCGAGCCUCGUGUGACCUUUCAGUACUGCAACUUCAUGUACAUUGCGCUGUCGCACGUCAUCGAGACGGUGACUGGGUCGUGGCUUGGGGACGUGCUGCGGAGGGUCAUCUGGCAACCUCUGGACAUGCAGUCGACCUUUCUGUAUUACGGUGACGCGAGAAACAGCGGCCUUGAAAUAGCCACGGGGUAUUUCUGGGACGAUGAAGCCGGCCAAUACGUUGCAGUGGAAACGGACCCCAUCCAGUUUACCAGCGGCGCGGGCGCCAUCAUCACCAACGCACUCGACUACAGCAAGUGGGUGAAGUGCCUGAUGCACGAAACGGCGCCGUUUUCAGCCGCCACACAUCGGGAUAUCAGGACGGCGCGCAUGCUCGAGGUGGCGCUCGCGUCGGACGCCUGGGGCGUGAGCAACUACGGCCUCGGGUGGGAAAUCACGACGUUCCACGGCGAGGUCGUUUACAGGCACGAUGGCGGGACGCAAGUGUUUGGCACCAACGUAGUUUGGAUGCCCGGUAUCAAAUUUGGCGUGGUGGCCUUUUCCAACUCUGGCGACACGGGCAACGUGGUCGAGGACCUUUUCACGCAGAAGCUUGUUGAAGACCGGCUUGGUAUCCCGCUUCAAGACCGCCACGACUACAACCAAGAGACAAAGCAGGCGGUGGAGCAGUUGAAGCGAGACUUUUUCAAUGCCACCAAUCUUCUGUACCCCAACCACGGGACUGAUCCGCCGUCCUUUGUGGUCGACUAUGAGGUGUUGGCGGGGACAUAUAGCGACCCCGGCUAUGGCGCAUAUACGUUUACGGCAGAAAAGGCAACCAUCACGGCCCACGCAGCCGCGGGAAAGGAGCUGCCGGCGCAGCAGCUCGUGGCCACGCGCGAGGACUUGCUGGUCCCGUCGCGAUUGGUUCUGCGCCAUGUGGUGGGUGACUACUGGGUCGCCUAUCUGGUGCCGGUUCUCGGGUCAGAAUUAUCGCGAGCCUUUUAUGCGGCCAAGUUCAUCCGAGGUGUGGAUGGUAAGCCGAGCGGUCUCGAGGUGACCUGGAAAGAGGGGACGGACCGGCUCGCCGCGAUUGUCACCCGUUUUGAGCGGGUGGGCUGA